AUGGGUUACGACUGGAUAGUAACAUCACCGGACGGAACACCGGUCUUCAAGAGCAGAAAAAUUCUGGGUGAUCAUUUCUAUGAGACAGGCCACUGGGUACAGAAUCCGCGUGGUGGUUCUGACUAUUGGGAGCGGUGCGGUAAGGAAUACGAUAGAACCGUGAUACAAGGGUUCCCUAAGCACUGGUUCCGAGAAGUCGCCGGCUAUCCUGACUAUGUUGCCUGGAUGGCCCAGGACAAGAUAUACAAGGUAACGACUCGCAAAGCAUACGAAAAGGGACUCGACCUCCACUUUCGUCGAAAGCCGGUACUCCAAAGCCUUGAUCCGGACAGGAACCAGGGUUCCUACCGACUCCUUGGACCGACCGAGUGGCCAGCCGAGACAGGGCCUUGGAAGAGGAUUGGACCCGAGAGAUAUCCUCUUUUGCAAGGAGAUAUCCGUGCCCACUGGUCAUACCCUUAUCUCGAGCGCUCCAACAUACCACGUCCUCGUCACUCGCAGCGUAGGUAUGCAUCAUUGCCAGGCAUGAAGCCCUUCUUGAAAGUGCACGCCGACUUGGUUCGCGGCAGGCGUAUGCGCCAUCAAGCGCUGCUCACAAGUUUUGAACAGUCGAAUCAAUCUCUCCAGUUGCCAUCGCUUGCUGAAGAUUUCGGCAUCAACCAGAACCCUAAAUCGACACUGUUCGAGCAACUGGUCAAAGCUAGUCGCGAGAAAGAAGGGAGAGAAAAAGGGAAAUCGGUCAUGACAAGCCACCAGAGUACGGACGGAAUUCCAGGCUCUACUCAGAACCUGCGCGGGACCCCCUUUCAAAGCAGUCCCGCUCGUCCAAGUGUGGCUAUGACACCAGAAACGGCCCCAUCGUCGUCCAGUACACCAGCUCCCAAAAGGCCACUGGGCAUUCAGUCAAACCAUCCUGGACCUACACCACUACCAAAGCCUUUGCCUCUGUUGUUUGGAACAAGCCCUAGCAGACACCGAGCAAGAACCCUAACGCCCCAAAAGUCCAAAUCGAUGUAUGACCUCAAAAAUGGCAAGCGAGAAAGCCGCCGCGACGCGUGA